GCGUAUAUAUAUCAGAGGAAAAUUCUGCAGUGCAUUGGUAGACGGGAGAAAAUAGCUUGGGAAUACCGGGUCUACGCGAGUUUUUGAUAUCACAUAUCUUCUUCGUUUUUACUUCUUACCGAGCAACCGAUUUAAGCAAUUUUAUCAAAUAAAUGAUACAUUUCGAUCAUUACGCUUUCCUUCCAAACGUUUCGUAAUGUAGAUUACGAUUUAAUUUUUCAUUCUGCCAACGUCUUACAGCAAAUAUCUUUCAAUGACUUAUUUUUAUUCGUCCCGUAUUGCAAUCGUAAUCAGCACUGCAUAACGCAAAACUAAAUUCACCGUUUCGGAUGAGCAAAUACGCAGUCGAUUGCAUUGCGACUAAUUGACAGCAUAAUGGAUCUGGAUGUAGCCAAGUACCAAGCUUACCGAAAAUUUAUUGAAAAUUUAGUGUUUCGAGCUGGUCUUUGGCCUCACAGGGAUGACACAGUGUUCAUCUACAGAUUCAUCACGUUCACGGGUUUCUGCAUGACUACCAGUGUUGGAACGAAAGUUCUUUUCUUUUGCUUGUCAAACGUUGGUAAUGUGUCAAAGUUCGUUGAAACUUUGCAAAAUGCAUUAGCCGUUUACGCACCGGUAAUGAGAAUUGUGAACUAUCUGGUGUACCGCAGUGAACUCAUCGCACUCGACAAGGAAUUGGGCACGAAAUACACAGAAGAACUGAAGAACGAAAAGUACCGACCGGUACUGCUGAAAAAGAUCUCGUUCUAUUCCAAAUUCAUGAAUUUUCUAGUAAUCUCGACGGGCAUCACGAUAGCCAUGUUCCUGACUCCACGGUUCAUUCACAUAUUCAAGUAUAAAAAGCGCAUGUACUUGUGGCCGGGCAACUAUCCAUUCGUGGUGGAACCGACGGGUGCGGUCUACUGGACGCUCGUCGCCUACGAGACGGGCCUAUUCUGGUUCACGUUCCACGUGUUGUCCGGAGUGGACAACGCCUUCGGCAUGCACUGCUUUCACAUAAGCGCUUUGCUCAGGCUGGCGGCGGCGCGCGUCUUCGAUCUCGAUCCGGCCGACCCAAACUACAAGAGCCAAUUGAAGGAAUGCGUCGCCAUACAUCAGCUCGUAAUCAAGUCGAAGACAGCCCUGCAGAAGAUUUACGGCGGUAUCAUUAUUUGGAAUUACUGCGUCAGCGCGAUCAUCAUGUGCAGUCUGCUGUGGCAGGCUCAGCAGAUCAAAUCUCAAAUGACGGUGCUCAAGUUAAUUUUUUUCGUGGCUUACAUUGUAAUGAAACUAGUACAGACCUUCAUAUACGCCUACUAUGGUUCAGCCAUCACCUCAGAAAGUGAAAUAUACCGGAAUGCCGUUUACACGUCUAGUUGGCCGGGAUCUGGCAACGUGAGACUGAUGAAAGACCUGCUGGUCAUUCUCAUGCAGCGCACCAUCAACCUCAAAGCUUGCGGCUAUUUUCUCAUAACCAUGGAAAUGUUUGAAAAGAUUGUUAAUACGACGAUAUCGUAUUUUUUCAUCCUCCAAAGCUUGGAAAUGAAGUCUAGAGUUAAAAAUGUAUCGAUUUCCCUGGCGAGCCAACCCAAAUCAAUACAGAACCAUUUGCACAGAUUGUUUUCCCUUGGCACCAAAAGCGAAAGCAAACGUAAACUAGGCUUCCGCUUCAACAACUUGAGUAAAUCUACUUUCCAGAAACUUAGUGCCUGCGAGAUUCAUAUAGCGAAGGCGAAGCAACCUAUCGAGAUGGACGCGCAUCUGGCGAUGUAUCAGCGGUGUCGCAAGUCGAUUGACAGUCUGCUUUACGGCGCUGGCAUUUGGCCCGACCGCGAGAACGGCAGUCUCCUGUACAAACUCUUCACCGUCUACAGCUUACUCGUGCCUGUUGUCAUCGCCAUGAAGUGCCUUUACGGCGGCACCAUGGUCGCGGAUGAUAUCUCGGGGAUGGUCAUCAGCCUUCGAGGAGUGGCAAUCAUGUGCUCGGCAGCAGUGAGAGUAGCUACACGCCUUAUCGUUAACGCUAUCGAGCUUGCGCCGGAGGCUGGGAGUCGCGAAAGGCCGCUCGAGAAGAGAUAUUUGCAAUGCGAUCCGAGCUAUCCGCGCAAUUUCGACGGCUCGCGCCUCGCAGCUCUCCGCGCCAAGUUUCACGAGUACGAAAUAACGAACGAACGGCAACAGAUGGGCAGCUGCCUGCUGUACCGGACGGAGCUCGCGUUUCUGGAGAGCGAGCUGUGCGCCAAGUUCGGGGACGCGUUGGCCGACGAGAGGAGCCGCGCCGUGCUGCUCAAGAACGUCUCCGUGUACAGGCACUUCAUCAAUUUCUUGACGUUGUCGAUCGCCUUCACGGCGCUCAUGUACUUCAUCCCGCUCGCCGUGCUCGUCUUCAAAUACAAAAGGCACGUCCAACUGUAUCCGGGCGAAUACCCGUUCCCAGUGGCGCCGAGGAGCGCGGCCUAUUGGUCGAUCUUCGCCUUCGAGACGAGCUCGUUCUGGUAUCUGGUCUGCGGCAUCGCCGGCAUGGACAGCGCGUUCGCCAUGCACUGCUUCCGAAUCCGCGGCUUUCUGCGACUGGCCACCGAGCUCAUCAACGACCUCAGCGUCGACAGUCCCAAUUGCGAGGACCGGCUGCGCGAGUGCGUGUCCAUCCACCAGCUGGUGCUGAGAGCCAACGCGACCUUGGAGAAGGCCUACGGCUACAUCGUCAUCUAUAACUACAUCGGCAGCGCGGUGAUUAUGUGCAGCGUGAUGUGGGAGGCCAACCAGAAUAAGGCUCAGCUCUCGGUGACCAAGCUCCUCUUCGUCGUCGUCUACAUGCUCAUGAAGCUCGCUCAGGUCUUCGUUUACGCCUACUUUGGCGCAGCUAUUGCCGCAGAAAGUGAGCAGUAUCAGGAGGCUAUUUACAUGUCCAGUUGGCCAGGAUCCGGAAAGGUUCGAUUGAUGAAGGACUUUCUGAUUAUUCUCAUGCAGAGAACCGUCACUCUGAAAGCUUGCGGCUUCUUCCUCGUGACCAUGCGCUACUUCGAAAAGGUUUGCAACACUACGCUCAGCUACUUUUUCUUGCUUCAAACUUUAGACGCAAGCGACUAAUCUUACAUAACGAAACUCGCUAAUAGUCCCGAUGUAGUUGUCGCAAUUUUUGUUAAUAUAUGCCGAUGUU